AUGACGGUCGUAAAAAGAAGAUACACGAGAAGCACUGACCAAAAUAAUAAAAGUAGCAUUGGUAAUUCUGUUAAAAAGGAAUUUGAAAAUGGUAAGAGUUCUUUUGCGCAUAGUAGACCUCGUGCAAAAAGAGAAAAGAAUGACAAUAAGACUGCUGAUGUUUCAGAGGCUAUGAAUCAUCUUUCUCAUGUUAAGCUAUCUGAUGAACAAUUGAACUUAAAAAAUAAGAUUAUGGAUUUUGCGAAGAGCCAGUUGAAGAAUUAUAACAGGAAUCCAAGUUCUGGACCUUCUAUGUUUGUCAUACAAGGAGAUGCAGGUACUGGUAAAUCAGUUAUCUUGAACUCUUUAUUCAACGAAAUCCAAAAGUGUUCUUUUGGUCACAGUAAUAAUAAAAUAGAUGAUCAGGUUCUUGAAAAUACAAGUAAUUUUUUGAUCGUGAAUCAUCCAGAAAUGUUAAAAUUGUAUUUGCGUAUUUGUAAAUCGUUCAAGUAUAUCCCAAGAAGCUCUCUCGAACGUCCUACUUCAUUAAUUAACAGGUUACAAAAGGAUAAAUCUAUGGCAGAUAUUGUAAUCAUUGAUGAAGCACACCUAUUAUCUACCUCUAAGGAUGCUUUCAAAAGAUUUUAUGGUGAAAACCAUCUGCAAGAUUUAUUAGGUUUGAGUAAAGUAUUAAUUAUUGUUUAUGAUUCUAAACAAGCAUUAAGAAUGGGGUCCUACUGGGAUGAUGACGAUUCUAAUAAUGGCUCAUCACUUUCUAAUUUUUAUAACCAGAUUAAUCCUAAUCAAAGAGAUUGGUAUAAUUUGAAGGAACAGUUUAGAGUAGUAGCACCAAAGGAUGUCUUGAAUUGGAUUUCUGAGAUUAGUACGGUGGGGAAAAUUCCAAAAUUCCCUGACAGUGCUAAAAAGAGAUUAAAUUAUAACUCUGAUAGCUCUGACCCUCGAGACAAUUUUGAUUUUAAAAUUUGGGAUGAUUGUGGAGCAAUGUAUGAAGAAUUGAAAAAAUUGGAUGCCCAAUAUGGCCAAUGUAGAAUGCUUGCAACCUAUGAUUUCCCUUAUAGAUUGGAUGGUAAAGAUUACUAUGUCACAUGUGGUGAUAAUUUCAAAGUUCGUUGGGAUAGAUAUACCCCAAAGGUUGUUACUCCAUGGAGUGAAAGAGCAGAUACUAUUGAUGAAGUUGGAAGUGUUUACACAAUCCAAGGAUUUGAUUUAAAUUAUGCAGGUGUGAUUUUAGGUAGAUCUGUCAAAUAUGAUAAACUCAAUGAUUGUAUAUAUUUAGCUACUGAGCUAUAUGAUGAUAGAGCAGGGUUUACUAAGAAGAAAAAUAUUAAUGAUGUUGAUAAUGUGAAACAAAAGAUUAUUAUGAAUAGUAUUAAUGUAUUAUUAACUAGGGGGGUUAAAGGUCUGUACGUUUAUGCAUGGGAUCCCGAGUUACGUGCUAGAUUAGCUGAUACUUUAAAGAAAUAA